AGGUGGCUUCCCUGGCCCCGUGGCCUCUCCCCGCCUUUUACCCCCCCUCCCCCCUUCCCCUACCACACUCUAGGCCCUAGUCCCUGUGAACUUCGCCCCCACAAUUUUCGACGAUGAAAGUUCUCUUGUCCUUCUCCAACUUUUUACACCCUUCCAGCCUUUGUUCUAAACCUAAUACCUACAUCUCACUUAUUCGAUGGCCGAGAAACAAAUGGAUCAGUCCCAAGCUCGCCGGCGACGUCGUGAUGGAUCGUCCGGAGUACAGCAGCGUUUGUGUACGCACUGCGGACGAAGCUUUAAGCGGUCUGAGCAUUUAGAACGCCACGUCCGAACCCACACAAAGGAGAAACCAUAUGUAUGCCAUUGUGGGUCGGCAUAUUCACGUCGAGAUCUCUUGACCCGCCACCAACGCAUCACACAUGAAACUCUUUCUCCAAGGUCUCCCGAUGCUCCAGCGUCGGAAGACAGUCACCAGUUGACUGCAACAGACUCGGAUCCGCCUUCCGAAGAUGCUGCUUCAACUUCUACAGCUACAAUAUCAGAUAUGGGCAUGAAUCAUGGUCUCCAGCAGCACCAAUAUUCAACAAGCCACGACUACAGCAUUCAUAAUCACCCCGCUGCUCAGCCCUAUCACCAGCUAAUCACGGGCCAAGAACUCGACUACAAUGGCCAACACUUUUCCGGCUUUGACCAUUAUCAGGAAGUACACAGUUUCCCAGAAGGAGCUGGCCUGCCACCAGAAUGGACGCACUAUCUUGAGCCCAGCUUAGAAGAUAAUAUGGUAGACCCUGCUUUACGAGGCUCAAUGGUCGACUUAUCAUCGCCGCUUAGCAACGAGAACUUCUCGGCGCACGCGUACAAUCCUUGGAUGGCACCGGCGGCUCAGAAAUGGAAUUAGCUCGAGUUUCAAAAAAACGCGGCGACUUCCUCUAUCAACGCGAAUCGUUACUCUCAGCGAUGACGAACCCGCCAAUUUACCGUUCCGCCCCUUUUGGGACCCCGCGGUAUCUUAGCCGCUUUCGGUCAUCUAGGGGCAUCUAUAUGAAUGGGUGUCGUGGAAUCUACGUAUGAAGACAUUGGCCACCAAGUGAUGACAGGACAUAU